AAGAAAGAAUAAAACUACGUCUGACGUCCGUCGGUCGAUUUUUUCUUGAAAGAUAACAUAAUAUUUUUUGGUAAAAAUUCGAGAAACUCGUUGCCGUAAACCAGUUUCCUAUUAGAUUAAGUAUCAAGAUUACAAUAGUUUCGGUUUAUUUAUAUAGGUAUUUCUUUAAUAUUCACCAUAUCGUAGUUUUCCCAAGUGCAAAAAUUCACAGUUAGCAUUUAGAAUAUCUAAAUCCGGUUAAAAAUGGACACGGACUUGAAAGUGAACGUAAAAGUUGAGCCAGAUUCUGAAAAUGAUGCCUCCCAUGAUGAAAAGGAUUUCAAACAAGUGGAACAGGCACUUUCAGAUAAUGUUAUGAUGGAAAACGUGAACAUAAAAUUGGAGGCUAUGAACGAUGAACCGUGUUCUGCACCAGAGAGUAUCACGGUUAAGUUGGAGCCCACGUAUUAUAGCAGCGGCGAUGAGGAAAUACCACUGGAGUACGUAGCAGCUCAGAUCACGAUGCAGUACCGCGACAGGCCGAGGAAGCGGCGGCCGGACUCUGACGACGAGUAUAUACCGCCGCGACGGUUGAAGAAGAAGAAGAAAAAGAAAGAAGCCAACGUCAAACCAACAUAUAGGGGGAAAUCCAAAAAAGAAGAAAACAUGUUGUAUUCUGAAGACGUAACAAAACACAUAGAGAUAAUAACUAUAACUGAGCAAGAGAGACAGAGGGAGAUAGGCGAAACACUCAAUCUCCGCAAGAAUUUCCAAUUCAGAUGCGAAUGGUGCGCAAUAGGAUUCGUUUUGGAGGAAGCGUAUGAUGCACAUAUGAAAAUACAUAGCCAGGAAGCCGGCGACCACGAAUGCGAACUAUGCCGCGCCAGGGUGAAGACAAAGACAAUGCUAUAUCGCCACAAGUUGCGUCACUAUCGUCGCUAUCGCUGCUCCAUCUGUCACAUUAUACACAAGGACAAGGACACUGCGUCGGCGCACGUGAUGACGGAGCACGCGCAUCAAGCGUUCGUGUGCGGCGAGUGCUCGCGGUCAUUCAAGCGCCCGCGCUACCUGGAGCGCCACAUUGAGCAGCACCACACCAAACUGUUCAACUUCGAGUGUCCGGAGCCGGAUUGCAAACGGGUGUUCCAUGAGAAGGGCCGCUACAGGAGCCAUGUCAGAAGUCACAAGGCGGAGCUGCGGCACCGCGCGGCGUCGCUGGUAGUCUGCGCCGUGUGCUCCAAGGGAUACAAGUCCAAGAGCUGCCUGAAGCGCCAUCUGCAGACGCAUCUGUCCACCGUCUGCAUCCUAUGCUGCGUGCCGUUUGAACACCAGGAGGCGCUGAGGUUGCAUUAUGCGCAUGUGCACAACUCUUAUUACGAUGGUGUUAAUAUAGGCGAGAGAUGUCCGCACUGUGCUCUGGUGUGCGCGAGCAACGCGCUGCUCAACAAACACAUCAAACGGAUGCACAGGGACCGCACCAAGAAAUACCAGUGCGACUACUGCCAGCGACUGUACCUGACGAAGGGCGAGGUGCGCGCGCACAUCCUGUGGUCGCACGAGCGGCGCGGCGGGCACGCGUGCGCCGCGCCCGGCUGCGGCCGCGUCUUCAGAUCACCUGCCCGACUGAAGUCGCACACUAGUAUAGAUCACCUGGGUUUACCUCCGCCUAAAAAUCACGAGUGCCCCGAAUGUGGGAAAGGCUUUAUUAACAAACAAGUCCUGCAGCGCCAUCUACGAGUACAUUCCAAUGAGAAAUACCCGUGCAAAGAAUGCGGUAUGCUAUUCAAAACUGAGCCUUAUGUCCGGGUGCAUUACCAGCUAAAACACCUUAACAUGACGCGUGCGCAAAUCAAAGAAGAGGUCAGAUUACGAAAAACACAGAGUAUAAACUUAUUCAAACCGACAACAGCCGAAAUUAAACAGGCGAAAGCCACUCCCGUUAAUAUUAAUCAACAAAUAAAAACAGAUUCUUUUAUACCGAUGUUUGAGACGUUCGUUGAUGUGCAGAGGGAUAUCCUGAAGGCUGAUGAGAUAAAGCAGGAGCCAGGAGUUGCUGAAUGUUAACGAUAGAUGGCGCCACAGUCGCAAUUUGGUCAAUAGACACGUGAGUUUACAAACUUUAUACCGUCUACCCAACCGGCAACACGACCGCCAAACUUUGGCGGUUUCGUCGUACAUUGCUGGUUUUUCCCUGCGGCAAAUAAAACCUCACAUGCAAACUAAGCAAUGUUCGUACAUUCACGCUAAAGUAUAGAAAUGAUUGCGUGAAUAGGGACGGAUUUGUGAAAGCACGGGCGUAUCUAGAGAUGGGCGGGGGGUGCGAGGUCCUGAUGCAGAGGCCAGAGUUUUUGAAAUGACCUUUAGAGUUUUUUUUUGUUCAGUGUAAAAACGUGAUCUUUCAAUCUUCAAUUAUUUUUUGUUUAUAAAUAUUCUGGGGUGGGCACGCCCCCGCCCAUGUUUGUGGAUGCUUUGACCAAUGAACGCAGUGGCGGUUACCAAGUUGUGAUAAAUGUUCGUUACAAAUGUUUGGUGGCAAAUGUUUGUUACAAAUGUAUAGGUCAUUAAAUAUAAAUAGUGGUUUUAUUUUAAUGUAACAACAGUUUUAUUAAAACUUAUGUGGUAUCGAAAAGAUAUACAAUAGGUAUGUGUGUAGAAAAUUGUUGUUUUUUUUUUUUCUGUAAGAAGUCUCAAGGUGAGCAAGAAAACGUACCCAUGGUCCACCCAGGACUUAGUAGGUGGACCAACACCAACGCCUGGUGUUUCGUUUACCAACAGCGAUGUAUGUAUGAUGUACUAGAAUAACGGGUUUACCUGUAACACCAACUAUUACGAAGGACAAGGAAAGUUGACAUUAUAUACAAAACUACAUUUGUUUUACCAAUUUUGGCAUAAUUCAAUACAUAAAAUUCUUAAAUUCUCGUUCUUCGUUUGUGCUUUUGCGUAAAUUACACAUUGCUGAAAUUAAAGCCUGCUUUUUCCUGAAUUAAAUAAAUCUUUAAGAAGAUUUAUUCUUUAUGAGAUCUUGAUUUAGAUCUGAAUUAAUAAGUCUGAAUGGCUAUUAUAUAAUUUUCGAGCAAUAUGGAGCUACGGUUAUGGCUCUAUUGUGAACUUCGUUAGGGUCCUUCAUAGUGCAAGACGUAAAUAAAUUAAAGAAAUACAUAAAAUAAAAGUAUUCUCUGCCAGUUAAAGAUACUUUAUAAUGAUAAUCUAUAUUUGUUUAUUAUGUCAGCUACCUAGCCCUGCGAGAUUUUUGAUAUUUUACUAGUAACCCUGUAUAUAGUGACCGAUGGAAUAGUUCCUUUUUAGUUAUAGAUUGAUCACAGUGAUAUAAAAUUAUAUAGUGUACAUAACAGCACAUUUCUAGCGCACCGCUCCCCCUCGGCAAGAUGACGCUCAUUGAAAAGUGAGCUUUAAAGCGUCCGCUGUGGGCAUACUUUACAUUGACAAGACGAGAGUGAUUCGCCAAUUUGUCGUCAAAGUAAAGUAUGCCUACAGUUGACGAUUUAAAGUUGAAUUUUCAAUAAACGACAUAUUGCCGCUGUGGUAGAAGAGAGAUAUGACUUUUAGAGAGUAUUUUGUAUAUGGUAGCUAAGCUUAAUCUUAGAGGGGUGUUAGAGGGUAUAACCGUAAAAUUUGGACCGAUUUUAACGACAGUUAUUGAUAUCAAUUCUGUUGACGGGACUUUGUUAUUUCAUGAAUAUCGGUUCGGGCCGUGUGAGAGUAAUCGUUUAUUUAUUUUAUGUAAUUAAUUAAUUAAUUUGUUUUUGGUUAAUUUCGUCUUAUUGUCCGGGAAAGUGUAGCAUUAGGACUUGAGCCCAAAUAGUCAAUGUUAUUACAAUUGUAAUAUAUUUAUUUUAGUGCUAAAUUAAGUAUGUGUACAGAUUUAUAUUUGCACGUAUGUACUUACAGAUGAUUCUGGAGAAAAUUGUUAAAACGUUUUUGAUGCAAUGUUUGGAACAGAUAAAUCGAACCCCACAACUAAUGAAAUUACUACCACACAGGCCAAGUUUCUUUGCUCUGAAAAAAAUCUAGAUAAUAAAUAAAUAAAAUGUAUAUAAAUAUAUUAGGACAAAUCACACAGAUUGAGCUAGCCCCAAAGUAAGUUCGAGACUUGUGUUAUGGGAUACUAACUCAACGAUACUAAAUUUUAUAACAUAUAUAGAUAUAAACAUCCAAGAGCCGGGCCAAUCAGAAAAAGAUCAUUUUCCAUCAUGACCCGACCGGGGAUCGAACCCGCGGCCUCUCGGUUCAGAGGCGAGAACUUUACCACUGCGCCGCUGAGUCUUAAAAAGUCUAAAAAUAAUCGAAUCUAAAAAUUGAUAGAUACAUUUUUUUAUUAGGAUGGUUGAAAUAUUUAAUUUUCUAUGAAGUGACUCAAGCGUUUCUUUUUUCGCAUUAUUUAUUUUGUCUUAUAGUUUUUUGGCAUACCGCUUUUGGCAUAAAAGGUCUAAGGCAUGAUUGAUUUUGGCAAUACUGGUAAAUGUGGCAUAAUAGACUUUUAGGUUAGGUUAGUUUAUGGUUCAAAUAGUUAUGCGUAAAUCUUUAUGCGUAAGAACGAAAAAUCAUUAUGCCAUAAUACAGUAUGCUAUAUCACAUUACGAAUUAAAUUAUAUUUUAUCUUUAUAGAUGAGACUCGACUCAAAUAUAAUAAAUAUAUAGGGACAAAAAUUGAUUUCUUUCAAAUUAGACCUAAUUACAUAAUGUAUUGAACCUCAUUGUAUGCCUUAGAAUAUGCCUAGUAUGCUUUACCUAUAAUAAUACCUAUAUAUAGGUACAAAAAUCAUAGGUAUAGGUAACUGUGCUAUAUUUGUAUCUAUCUUCAUAGAAAUAUUGCGAAAAAAUAAUUAUAGAAUUACUAUCAACCAAGACAGCAUACGUAAGGGGACCCUGGGCCCCGACGCGCUAUGGUUGAGAAGAAACAGGGGAGACGCUUCCGAUUUCUUCCCAGCCAUAGAGCAUAGCUUACAGAGUGCUGGUUUUGCUUACGUCAGGUACAAUAUAGGGCAUAUAACGCAAAGCUCAGCGCAGAUGGCGCUAAUGGUACAACUAAGGUACACAAACAUUGCCAAUGGAGGCAAAAAGCGCCAAUGUUCAAUAUUAUUGCAGAUUUACGACCAAAAAUACCUUCUACGCAAUCGUGGUGCGAGUUUAAAGGAAAAAGAAAGGACUUAGUGGAUUAUCCUGAAAAUAAUAACACUAUUUUAGGUUAUGUUCUGCAUUAUUUGGUCAACUGUGGUCAUAAACUGAUAUAAACUUGAUUUUGACUGAAGAUCUUACCUGUAUGAAGUCCAUAUUUUAAUAAGUCUUCACGUGUGAAGUGAUCCGAGCUUUUUUUCGACUGUUUACUGGCUCGAAAAUUUGACAGCGUGAGGCGUAUCCCAUAUUUUUCGAAGUUUUUUAUGUUAUGGAAAAUUAUUUUUACCAACAUUUCGGCACCCGAAAAUGCUACAUUGUUUUAUAUUUUCACAAACGAAUUUACGAACGCUUACCUAAUGAAAGUAUUAAUAAAGUACUCUAAAAUAAACGUUUUAAU